GAUCGCGGGCGGCGGGUCAGGUGACCGGAGCGGCGGUGGCGCGGGGACUCGGGCUCGGGCUGCUCGGCCUCUGCGUCUCCGCCGCCAUGGCUAGUCAGUCGCAGGGGAUUCAGCAGCUGCUGCAGGCCGAGAAGCGUGCGGCCGAGAAGGUGUCCGAGGCCCGCAAGCGAAAGAACCGAAGGCUGAAGCAGGCCAAAGAAGAAGCACAGGCUGAAAUUGAACAGUACCGCCUGCAGAGGGAGAAAGAGUUCAAGGCCAAGGAAGCUGCGGCACUGGGAUCCCAUGGCAGUUGCAGCAAUGAGGUGGAGAAGGAGACUAAGGAGAAGAUGACCAUCCUCCAGAACUACUUCCUGCAGAACAGGGAGGAAGUUCUAGAAAACCUCUUGGCUUUUGUGUGUGACAUCCAGCCAGAAAUCCAUGAGAACUACCGCAUAAAUGGAUAGGACGAGAGAAGCGCCUUUCCAUGGGUUGGUGUGGUAGACACCCUCAUGGACUGUGGAGGCUUAGCAAAGCUCCAGUUCUGUUCUGUGAGAGACAUUAAAUUAUUUCUGUAUUCAGAGUAGCCAGUCUAGCUUCUGUGUUUAAAUUUAGUGUUUAUCCAAAGGUUCAUCUUUAUACCUCUUAUUUCUUAGGGAUUUAAUGAGUAUAUGUUGUCUGUUUUCCUAUGCCUUUCAGUUCAAGCAAUGUGUUAGUGUCACCUUUUUCCCUUAGAUCUUAAUAGGAUAAAAACAAAUUAUAAUUCUUUGAAGAAAGAAAGGGAUUAAGUAAUUUUUUUCCCUUAUACUUUCUUAAAGGUCAGGGGCUUUAUCUAUGAAAAAGUAGUAUGUAGUUAUUUGUAACUUGUACAAAGCAGCAGCCAGCCUUAAAGCAGUCCAUUCUGGCUAAAUGUUAGAACAUUGAAUACUAAUGUACUUUUUUGGGGCUGCUGUUUAUUUUAAUCAAAAUGACUAGAUGAUAGGACUUAAGAAUUUACUACAUGUUACUUGGUGUACUAAUAAUCAUUUAAGAGUAAAAUCUUUGUCGUGUGUUUUC